GACCGGCUUCGGAUAGUGCCACAUGGUUGCUACACUUCUCUCAAUUUUUGCAAGUUUUACCAGCAGUAUGUCGUCCGUACCAUCCAGUGACAUUAAGGAACAAACCUUCAUUAUGAUCAAGCCAGAUGCUGUACAACGCGGCUUGGUCAAUAAGAUUAUAGGACGGUUUGAACAAAAAGGUUUCAAGCUCGUCGGAAUGAAAAUGAUGAAGGCUGACCGGGCACUAUUGGAAAACCACUAUGCUGACCUUUCCAAAAAACCAUUCUUCAAAGGGUUGGUUUCUUACAUGGCAUCUGGACCAGUGGUACCAAUGGUUUGGGAAGGUAAAGGUGUCGUGAGAACAGGGCGAGUGAUCCUCGGUGAAACUGAUCCCGCAAAAUCUUUGCCAGGAACGAUACGUGGUGAUUACUGCAUCGAUAUUGGAAGGAACGUAUGCCACGGUUCCGAUGCGAUUGAGUCUGCAAAAAAAGAGAUUUCACUUUGGUUCAAGCCAGAAGAACUCUCCAGCUGGGAGCCAAGUCAGAAUAGCUGGGUCUAUGAAGUGUCCGAUUAGAUAUCUUUUUGUAGUACUUUUUGGUCAGUUGUGUACAUGGGACACCUCUGCAUGAAAUUGGACUGUAUCUUUGUGUGUCAGCCAUUUCAUUCAGGUAACCUUCUUGAACUUGGCUGGAAUUGUAUAAUAACCAGUCUUCCUUUUCCUUGAAAUAGCAAUUGAAAUAAAUAUCCUGGUGAAAAUUACGGAGCACAUUUCGAUGGGUGUACUCUCAUUAAAAAAUGUUGCUACUGGUACACAAUUGUAACAUAACCCGUGUUUAAGGCACUGGUUGCCAUAGUAAUUGUAACAAUCUGAUUAAUUUUCAUUUGUAAAUAUUAAAUGUGCUAUUUAUGAAAAAUAUAAAAGUCAUAUCAUGUGCUUCAAAUCCACCAUGCUGUAAAAAAUCAAGAGUACUUGGUUUACGAUUGUUCACACUUGAAUCUUAAUCAGACUUUGAUUGGCUUGUACACAUUUGCUGUGCAGUUAUACUGUAUCUAGUAAGUGUAUGCUCAAGGACACUACGUUCAAACUUACAUUGGAUGUGCUGAAUAAAAAUGUGUAAUUUCUGCGCCAGUAAUGAGCAUGAAUAGCUAGGUAAUUUGCAGGUUUUUGGAAUUGAUGUCCAUUGUCAUAAACUGGAGGUUUCCCUUUGUAGCUGGCUAGCUAGACUCUCAACACCAAGUCUUUCAAUACUCCUCUGUAAAAACCCUGAUUACAAUAAUGUUGGUGUAAGGUGUGCUAAUCCAAUAAAUAGCUGUCAAAAACA